GCCAUUCACGUCAAGAUGCGAGUAAUAUCGCAUCAAAUACUCAGAAAUACAGUCACUUUUUUUCGCUGUCAUCGAUCGGUAGCGCUAGGCUGUAAUUUUGGAUAUUUGGAAGCAGAAGUCGAUAUCGCAAGAAACUCAGUUGCCGGGUGAUCCUAUAGAAAGUGGUGAUGAUCCAAGAAUAUUGACGUAGAAGCGCAAUACGAUCUGUAAUUUCCUAAACAAGCGAUUUACCGUGGUAUUCUACUCAAACCACUAUGGCAAACACAACUGUUUGUGGGAAUCUGGAAGACCAGUCUUUUCCGAUAAAACUGGUCAAGAUUCUGUGUUACAGUUUGAUACUUAUUACUUCGCUACUUGGAAAUACCGCCAUUAUCGCCAUAACUGCACGAAACUCCCGCACAUUGACUUCAAUAAACUACCUCAUUGCAAACAUGGCAGCAUCAGACUUGCUGGUCUCAAUCUUCGCUGUUCCAAAUCAACUGUGCCAAGUCAUAUUUGGUGAACGAGCUUGGCUAAUCGAUGGGAUCAUGGGCUCAAUUUUAUGCAAGCUUGUGUUUUUCUGCCAAGAUAUCUCAACAGCUGUUUCGAUUCAAAGCUUAGUUGUUAUUUCUAUGGAAAGAUAUAGGGCGAUAGUAUAUCCGUUUCGCCCCGCAGUCAUUACACCAAAGAGAUGUAAGUUCAUCAUUCCACUUAUAUGGCUUGCAUCUGUAUCCCUACACGGAAUAUAUUUCUACGCCGCUCGCCUCGAGUCUAUUAACAAUACAACAACCUGCGACUUCCGCUGGGACCCACAAUUUGACAAUCGUCAAACGAUGGAGCGAUUUGUGGUAGUGGUUUUGGUUUUAAUUGUGUUCCUACCUUUUUGCUUCACAAUUUUUACUUACUCACGAAUUCUUUGGGUUCUGAGAAAUUCAGAGGUUUCCCAGCAUCGCGCCGAAAACAGCAGAGUUUUUAAGAACGUAUGUGCUAUUAUGAUCGCAUUUGCAUGUUGUGUCCUCCCAAUUGAUAUUUUUGCUAUUUUGUUUUACUUCGUGUGGAAAUGGAAACCUCCUUGUAAUAUGAUUCAGUUUGGUGUGUUCUCAAGGUUCGCUUUAAUUUCAAACUCUGCCAUAUCCCCCAUCAUUUCAUUGGUGCGUUUUGACAGAUAUCGCCAAGGUUUAAAGGACAUGUUUAAGACAGUAUCAAAACAUUUUUGGGGAAAAGACGGCGUCGGAAACAUUUCAAACCUGGAUGAGUUAGAAUUAAAAAAAGCUUCAAUCCACUGCGGAAACGAGCGAAUAAGUGUAAGAGAUUCGGGGAUUACAAGCUUUUCAUCAGUUUGAACGUUUGUGUGCCUCAGGAACAACAUGGAAUUUGAUAGUAACAUGGAGAGCUUUCAAAAGUACAAAAUACCAUUUUUGGUUCUCUUUCUGAAGGAGUCUUUGGACAGCUUUACGUGGACAGCUUUGUGUGGACAUCUUUAUGAGAGGCUGACAUUUUAAGUAGAGUAAAACUGACCAAAUUGAAAGCACAAAGACAAAGAUACAUGAGGAAAAUAAAGUAAAAUGGAUUUAUGAACUGUCUAUUAUAAAGGAAAUUGAGCUGAUAUGAUGCAGAAUAACGAAUAGUUGAAUAUACACGAAAAUGUACCAAAACAUAAAUAAGGUUCGAUCUCAAAAUAACUGAGUCAGAGUCGGUUCUCUUAAGCGGCUAGCCGCAUUUAACACCUAAAGAAGUGGUUAUUCAGUGUUUUCGUGGCAGUUAUCACAAAGGAAAAGGUCCACUCGAGACAAGUUUUAAUAAUAUUAUCUAUAAGAUAAAGCAGCUUUGAAAAGCGUGUCUAAGUGAUCCACUUAUCUAGUGGUUUUUCUUCACUUUCGCUGUAAAAUUGGUGAAGAACAUCUGCUACAAUUUCUCAGCCCGUCAACAACAAAGCUCAAAGCUUUUGUCAGCCUACUUUGAGUUUCAGGGCUCUGGGUCACCUGGGGCACUCUCUUUCAUCCCUCUUAGCGGCCGAUAUUAGUUUAGCUUUAGUUUUGGGAUAUUGAAUCAAAAUGCGCUCCGAAUCGCCAUUCGUGGCUCUAUUCCUCGAAAGACAGACCAUUUUGAGAGCUAUUCGAACAACUGGCGCCAGAACUUUCCUUAAGAAAAAUCAUCAACGAAGGCAGUGCAUGCAAGUGUCUUAAAUGAGUCUCUCCCCAUCAAUUAAACUUCAGAAGACCCGAGCUUUUUCAGUCAUACUAAGAAGAGACUAAUGUUACCGUAAAACGGGAAUAGGGCUUACGCUCAAUAGAUUAAGUAUUAUAUAUUUAUAUCAAUAUCUUCCUCUAGUAGAUACUACACACUUGAACAAUCCUUUUAGCGUGUAAUUAUGGGCUAGCUCGGAAGUGAUUAUCAAGUACUUGUCACCUCCGAGCAGCCAUAGAGACAAAACCGCGCGUCAGAAGUUUAAUUUCCUACUAUUUUAUGGUGUAUGGACCGUAAUGAGUUUUUUUUUUCGUCUCUUGUAUGUUGUACAAAAUUAGUUAUUUACCUCAGUGUCGAUGAUGGCUGUGGAUAUAUAACCCCACUUCGGUGAAUAACUGCUAUCCAUUUCCUCUCAUCGAUUUUCCUCCGUCAAUUUUGUAAAG